CGAUCAAAUCGCACCCUGCGGCCCAGUGAAUCUCGUUCUUUUUGUAAAGGUGGGACUCCGGGGCGGCCAGUGCAGGCCAGUCAGUGGUACUGAACAAUGUGCUGCUAGGAACUGUACCCAUGUCAUUAUUUGCAUUCUGCAAAUAAAUAUUCCCGCCGCUGUCCUUGACCGACCACUAACCAUGUAUCAUGGCUCUAUCCGACGCGCGGGACUAUGUGCUUGCGGUUGAGAGCGACAAACGUGAGGCUGCGGAAAUCGCAAAGUCGACCGCCCAGAAAUUGGAAACACGGCAGACUACCCUGAUAGACGUCGUCCAGUCUCUGGGCGAAUACAUCAACGAUGGCGACGACAAAAUUCGAGCCAGGGCUAUUUCCUACCUUGUCGCCGUGAUCUCUGCGCUGCCCCCAAAAUACCUUUCACGCCAGCAAAUCCAGGUCUUGUGCCAAUUCCUGUGCGAUCGGAUCGAGGAUGGCGGCGCAAUCGAUGGUCUGUCCAAGCUGCAGAGCUUGGACAGAUUUACAAAUGAGAUGGCACAAAUGGUGUUGAGAGCGAUAUUUGAGCACUUCUCGGAUUUGCAGACACGCAACCAGGCGGGCAGAUACCGGGUUCUUCAGCUGGUCAAUGAACUUCUUGAACACCGUCGCAAAGCCAUCAGGGACAUGGGCGAGGAAUCACUUAUAGGGAUCACAGAACUCGUUUCUGGCGAAAAGGAUCCUCGGAAUCUUAUGCUCAUCUUCUCAAUGUUGCGGGUCCUCAUGGUGGAGUGGGACAUCACGAAGCAUGUCGAGAUGAUGUUCGACUCGGUUUACGCCUAUUUUCCCAUCACAUUUCGGCCACCCCCGAACGAUCCAUAUGGCAUAACCGCCCAGGACCUCAAGGACAGGCUGCGCGAUUGCCUGGCAUCCACCUCUACCUUCGCCCCCCAUACCUUCCCAAACAUGUUGGAUCGCCUUGACUCGACAUCCAAUACAGUGAAGAAAGAUGUUCUGCAGACUCUUGCGGCAUGUGCCGGCAAUUAUGACCCUGCGACCAUGAGCCAGUACUCCAUAACUCUGUGGGAUGCUGUGAAGUUCGAAGUUCUACAGGCACAGGAACCGGAAUUGGCCGAGGAAGCACUGCGCGUGCUUAGCAACAUCGCCCGGUGCCUUUCUACCACUGCACCCAGUUCUCCGAACUCACCACUCCUCCAGUAUCUCAAGCCGAUCACCAAAGAAUGUCUGGAACAUCUGCAAGAGCCAGCAUCACGCCAAGCGAAGGCAUCAGGGACUAUUCUGAAAGCAGUUGCUUCAGCCUCGGUACCGGCAUUCGAGAUUGUGAUCAAAGCGGUUGGCCCGGCACUGUUUACGAUACACCAAUCUUCACAGGGCUUGGUACAGCAGAGAGCUGUUCUUGAGGUUACCAACCUGCUGUUUGAAGCUUCUCUUGAGGUCUAUGGGUCAUGGACGGGCUUGAGCGAAAGGAACCCUGAAGGUCGUGAAAACAUAAUGAUUGAUUUCAAAGACAAAUUUGUGGCCCUCUACAGUCAAGCGCUGAUGGGCACGGUCAAAGAAGAGGUGUCAUUUCGUCUAACGGCGGCAAACGGUCUGCUUUUGAUUUCGAAGAUGAGAUCAAUGCUCUCGGAUGAUGAAAUUGGCCUUUUCGUCCAGUAUUUCAACGAUAUUGUUCUGAAAGAAGAGUCAUACGGCCGUGAUGAACUCAAAAAGAAAGCAAUGGCUGCGCUGGCAGAGAUAUCACACUUCAAGCCGGCCUUGAUCUCUGAUAUCGCGUUUCCAGCAUUCCUGGCACGUCUGCCGGAUUCAGAAGACGAAGCCGUCCCAGACGACUAUAAUCCGGUUCUUGAAGGACUGGCUGAGAUCAGUGUCGAAAGGGGCUUGCAAGAGACUCUAAUGCGGCGGCUUUUGAACAAGGUUGAUCUCCUUUGCAAAUCAGACAACAGGACAUCCUUCCCCUAUACCUGUUCCGUGCUGGGCACGAUCUUCUACGUGUUGAAUCGUGCUACAACUGCGGCGAACUCGUCCCUCGAUGCAUAUUACGAUCGUGUAGUCAUCGGCAUCUCUCGCAGAACAACGGAAGCCAAAAGCGGCCCACUCACCAACGAAGCCGUGCUUGAUCUGGUAGGCCGCAUCAUGAACCUGAUCAUCCGACAUUCUGCGCCUGAUAAGGUUCAACUAGCUGCAGAGAAUAUAUAUCUCUUAUUCCGGGACAGCACUGAGGAUAAGCAGUCAGUCGACCUUUUGAGCCUGUUGGAGCCCCCAACUGUUACCAUUCUGUCAACCUGGCUCCUGGCAGCAAUUCCGCGGAACACACAAUCCUUCGUUCUCAACAAGACACAAAUACCCCAGACAAUCACCCAACUGAUAUUAUUCGCCUCUAAAUCCACCAGCCGUGGGAUUACUCAAAGCUGUCUUCUGCAGAUCGCUCUUUACGUUAACAAGCACGUUGAAACGGCAGACUUGGACUUCGUGGACAAUCUCCUCUCAAACACGCUGUCCAAUCUUCAGGAUGAGCCAAUGGACGGGUCCCCACCCCGCGACUUCAACAUUCGAGCUGCCUUUACACUAAUCAAGGCCCUGAUCCUUCGACUCAGUCCUAAGACAGAUCAAUACCUCACCAGCCUUGUUGGUCUGCUUGAUGAAGGGCAUUAUCCCGCGGAGGUCUGUCGGAAGGCAGCCAUGGGCUUUGCCACUAUUCUAUCCUCAGACGAUGUCCUGUCUAGGAAGAACUUCGCGCAGAUUAGGCUGCUUGCUCCACAACGUGUGUUCCAGAUGCUGACCCCCCUUAUAUCCGAGAAAUUCAGAGCUUCUCAGUCCCCGACCGAGAAAGAAAACUAUCUCAUAGCGCUCAGCGGCAUCCUGGCAAGUGUGCCAUCCAACAUUGUGAUGCCAGAAUUGCCCACCUUGUUACCCCUUCUUCUCCAGUCCUUGGACGUGACAGAUCAGAUGGUGAAGACAGCCACCCUGGAGACCUUGGCUGUGGUGAUAUCAAACAACCCGGCGGCUUUGGAGGAGAGCGGGCAUAUUCCCGCCUUGGUCAAGCGGUUGAUCGCUGUUGCCACAUUGCCUAAGUCCAGAUCAUCUCUAGGUUCGAAAGCAGCGAAGACUGCUCCUACUGCCAACCUUCCAACAACCCGCAGACUUGCCGCGCGUUGUCUUGGGCUGUUGCCCAAGUAUGUUGGCAAGACAGGCUCCAGGGCGAAUCCUCUUCUUGGAUUGAAGCGAGAGGUGUUGCACGGCCUUACCAGCGUACUGGACGAUCCGAAACGAGACGUGAGGAAGGAAGCUGUCGAUGCACGAGCCGCAUGGCUCAGGGAGGUUGACGACAUAAACGACGACGAUGAUGCAUAGAAUUGAUUUGGUUGUCUAGAUUUGUCGUAGAGAGACAACUGCCAAUUAACGCCAUUAUUUGGACCAGGAUUACAGGAUUGAAGAGAGUUUCAAAAUGGAAGAAUGCGACAGAAAAGACUGGGUAUCUCUGGUAUAUCAUGUCUCUACAACGAAACAGGGGCAUAGUAGUAUUCGUGCUCUUGGUGAUAUGUCGCUGGUAGGGUCGAUGGAAGUUGGUUAUGGUCAGAUCCGGAAGUGCUCGAUGAGCCGGCGUCCAUACACCACGUUGCUCGCAAUAUGAACUCAACGUGACCUCGUUAUGAGCGUAUGCGAUGAUAGGCUAGAUCUAAGCAACCCUUGAUUAGUUUCGUAAACGG